CACCGUCAUUUCCGGGGAACAUGAAGCUGUUGUGGUGCUUCUUUGCGCUCUUAACCUCUGGUGGAGACUCGUUCGUGUCACCAUUCGUACCUGCUGCUGUUUCGUCCGCGACGACGGCGGGACGCGGUCGGAGUCAACCGUUGGAUGCACGAGCGAGGGCCGCACCGCCCACCCCUGCUACACGAACAGCUAUGUCUAUGUCUAGCGAAAAAAGAACCGGCUUGGGCGCUGCCGUGGCCAGCUGGACUCUGGCGGCCGUGCUCGUGGCGGGCGUUCCCCUCCUCGUGAACCCUUCGCCGGCGGUUGCCAUCUCCGGCGGGGGGCUGGACUACGCCGGGCUGAACCUCACCGGGCAAGACCUCUCCAAGGGAAAGUACAAGUCCAAGGACUUCAGCGGAUCGAUCGCGAAGGAGGUGAACUUUAGCGGGUCUGACCUGCGAGGGGUGCGGUUUUUCAAGGCGGACCUGAAGAAGGCCGACUUCACCGGCGCCAACCUGGGGACGGCCUCGCUCGAGGAGGCCGACCUAGAAGGAACGAUCAUGACCAAUGCAGUGGCGACCGGGAGCUACUUCGGCAACAACAUGAACAACGUGGGGGACAUCUCCGGAGCCGACUUCACCGACGCGUUGAUCCGAAAGGACGUGGCCAAGAUUCUGUGCGCUAGACCUGACGCCAAGGGAACCAACCCCACCACCGGCACGGACACCAGGGACUCGCUCUUGUGCGACAUGUUUUGAUAUUUUUUAGGACUUGUACACCCCGCACAGAACACAACAACCUGGGGCAACAUUUUUUCGAUCUCAAACGAGGAGCCGAAAUACCACCCGGGUUAUUAGAUACUUCGAUGAUACUUUGUCGUUGUUUGUUGUUUGUUGUCGCCGGUUCUUUGGUAGUCGUUCGCGUACGGGUGAAAAGCUCCGCUGCCUGUUUUCUCGCUCACGCGACCGAAUUGCCCGAAGGGAUUCUUGGCCCUGUUGAUGUUUUGAGUUGGCCUGUGCCAGAUAUUUCCACGCAGGAACACACGGACAGUUAGUAUCGCCCGCUAUUCUUGCUGUUGACGCACGGUGUUUGACGAGGAACUCGCCUACCGUUGUGAGUAGCGCGCGCGAUUUGGCCCUCAAGCGCAUGCCAUGGGCUGUCUCACGAUACGAGCAAAAUGAGGAAUUUUUCGCAUGUGUCAGCUGAUUAUUCUGCUCGAUAUCAUCAUGAUUCGAGGCGGGGCACAGCCGUUCGGAAAAACAACGGGGGUAUGCAUAGAAAGUUGACAAAAAAGAAACAAGAGAAGGCAACGCCGCAUCUCCUAUGGACAGACAUUUUGCUUGUGCGCGAAAUAAUGGUGUUUUCGUUACGAAAGCAAUUGCGGAAACCAUGACAGCAGUUACCACAGACUUGUUCCUUGGAACCAAUUAGUUUGGAGCGAGUCGCGCCUUUGCUAAGCGAGCUCAAGUAGAUGGUUGAUACACUACGUUUCGUAGCUUACAGCGUAAAUUGUCCCCGGUCUUGAGCGAGUCUUGCUACCCUCCAGGUGCGUUUUUCGGUUUCGAUAAGAGCAACGAGAGGUGGACCAGGCGGGGUGACUGCUGUCGAGAACCAAGCGCACACGGUGCAGGCGUGUCGCCAUGAUUGAGUGGUGACGGCAGCCGCCUCACGGUACAAAAAAUCACGGGUCGGGCUGUUAGCGCCGAGCACGAUGUUCGCUCGGUCACCAU